ACAAAAAGUUGUUUGUGAAUGGUUUUUUUCCUUUACAUUCUCGCUCAUCACCUCGUGUUUUCCGUUAGAAGUUCUCCAAUGUUCUACUGUAAAUUGCUCCUUGCCUUCACCAUUUAGGCCUUAUUUAAACUUAUUUCAUGCUCUAAUAAGUUUGGUUAAAUUCAAUCUUGGUGUCAAACAUCAAACGUCAAGAGGAAUAUGACCAACAGGUAUGUAUAGCCUUUGUGCCUUUCCACCUCACUAUUCACCAGUCACCACCAAUUGGUCCAACUUUGUCAAUCAAGUUUCAACAGUCAACUCAUUCAUCCUGGGGAAUGACCACGUUUUACUAUAAUUCUCCACUCUGUUUAACAAAGAUCACAAACCAAGAAAAACAACCUUUUCAAAAUCAUACAGUACUUUUCUAAUCUUCAAUUCAUAAGAUUGAUCAGAAACCAACCAAGAAAAACAAUCAUACGGAGUAUUUCUCCAAUCUUCAAUUCUUAACAUCGAUUCCUGAAAAACUGAUAGAUUCUCCUGAAAAACAAUCAAAUUGCAGAAAUCUAACUUGGGUAUAUUAACAAAAUUCCUAACAUUCUCAACCAAAUCUAGAGGUGUGCCACCUUAUAAUGGAGCAACAUAGCAACAACAUUAUAGUAGACCCAAGAAGCGGCUUCUGCAACAGCAACUCCACUUUUUACAGCAAACGCCCUUCUAUCCCUCUCCCACCAAACGCGUCCUUAGAUAUCACCACCUUCAUCUCUUCCCGACCUCACAGAACCACCACCGCCUUCAUCGACGCCUCAAAUGGCCGCCACUUAUCAUACUCCGACCUCUGGUCUGCCGUCGAUUCACUCUCAUUCUCUCUCUCCUCCAAGUGGGGUGUACGCAAAGGCCAUGUCAUCCUCAUCCUAUCACCAAACUCUCUCUCCUUCCCCCUCGUCUGCCUCUCAGUCAUGUCCCUCGGCGCGUUGAUCACAACCGCCAACCCUUUGAACACCACGCGCGAAAUCGCCAAACAAAUCGCGGACUCCAAGCCAUUCCUCGCUUUCACCACUCCUGAACUCUCCCCCAAACUCGCCGGUUCCGACGUCCCGAUAGUCCUACUCAACGGAGAAUUGGAAAAGGCUAGUUUCGUGAAUAAUAACAAUCUGAAGGUCUUGACGACAUUGGAGGACAUGUUGGCGGUCAAAGGACAGAGAAACGAGGAGAGUGUGAGAGUGAAGGAGAGAGUUUGCCAAAACGACGCCGCUGCGCUGCUGUAUUCGUCGGGUACAACGGGGGCGAGUAAAGGGGUAAUAUCGUCUCAUCGGAAUAUGAUCGCGAUGGUGCAGACGGUCAUUGGACGGUUCAAAUUAGAUGAUGAGUAUCAGAGGAGUGGUGGGUCCCAGGGUAGUACGUUCAUAUGUACUGUUCCGAUGUUUCACAUAUAUGGCCUUGUUGCCUUUGCUACAGGAUUACUAGCAGCUGGAGCUACCAUUGUUAUCUUGCCCAAAUUUGAAAUGAAUGAUUUGCUCCUAGCAAUAUCAAAGUACAAGGUCAGUUACUUUCCGCUGGUUCCACCAAUUCUUGUAGCAAUGGUGAACCACGCGGAUCAAAUCAAGAAGAACUAUGAUUUGAGUUCGUUGAGACAUGUUUUGUCAGGAGGAGCCCCAUUAGGAAAGGAAGUGAUAGAGGGUUUUGUAGAGAAGUUCCCAAAUGUUGUAAUCAUGCAGGGGUAUGGGCUUACAGAGUCCACAGCCAUUGGGGCAUCCACAGACUGCUUGGAGGAGAGUCGUAGGUAUGGAACAGCUGGGUUGAUUUCACCAAGCAUAGAGGCAAAGAUUGUUGACCCAGAGACUGGAAAUGUUUUGGGGGUUAAUCAGACUGGUGAGCUUUGGCUACGUGGCCACACUGUGAUGAAAGGCUACUUUAAUAACCAGGAGGCGACUGUUUCAACUCUCACUUCAGACGGUUGGCUAAAAACAGGAGAUGUGUGCUAUAUAGAUGAAGAUGGCUUCCUCUUUGUGGUUGAUAGACUCAAGGAGUUGAUCAAGUACAAGGGAUAUCAGGUUCCACCUGCUGAAUUAGAAGCAUUGCUGCUUACUCAUCCAGAAAUUGCAGAUGCUGCUGUUAUUCCGGUCCCAGAUAAGAAUGUUGGUCAGUUUCCAAUGGCAUAUGUGGUGAGGAAAGCCGGUAGUUCCUUAUCAGAGAACGAGAUCAUGGAUUUUGUAACAAAACAGGUCGCUCCUUACAAAAGAAUCCGAAGGGUGGCGUUUAUAGAUUCUGUACCUAAGAAUGCAUCUGGGAAGAUUCUGCGGAAAGACCUCAUCAAAUUGGCUACUUCUGGUUCGAAACUAUGAGCCAGUUGCAUUUUCAGAAAAAUAAAAUAAAAAAAUUUGAAUCUAUUUGAACCAACUGGUGACCGGAUUCUCCCAGGGUUCUUAAAAUAUUACUAUGUAAAAUAGAUGAAAAAUGUACCAUGUGGAAUAUGUCAUUGUAGCCGUGGACGAACUUCGUACUAAAAUAAGCUAAUGUUUGAGCAAGAAGAUUAAUGGUACUGCAACAUGUAUCUGCUGCCAGCCUUGGUACCAAAUGCAGUUCACAAGGCAUCUCUUUGACCAUUACAUAACUUUGAGCCAUCCCAUGUUGAAUAAAUUCAACGGAAAGUUCAGUGUUUUAAUGUCUAUUAAGUGCUGGUUUGUUUCGUUGCAUUUUCUUGAGGAAAAAUAUUAGUGCGUUAAUUAAUGAAGAGACAAUUUGUUCAUGAGUACAGUAUAUAAGGAAAACUAGUUAGCACAUGUGUAAUGCACGGUUUCAUUCAUUAUUUAUCUAUUUUUUUGUGAAAAUUUAUUCAAAUGCUACAUUAAUAUAAUAACUAGUCAAAUAUA